AUGGCAAAGGUAGAUGAAGGCGCGUCAGUAAAGUUCGGGCCUAAGAAGCGGACGGCCAAGGCCACGUUGACUAGGUUUGAAACAUACAUUAACGAUACGGAUCUCGAUGCGAUCGAAAUUGACGAAUUAAAGAUUAGAAUUGCGAGAAUCGAAGAAGCUGAUGAAACAUUUAAGGAUAUGCAGAUCGAGAUAGCUGCUAGUGAUAAUACGAUUUCGGUGCAAGAGUUGGAUGCAGAGGCAGAAAGCGUUGAGAAUAAAUACGUUAGAUUAAAAGUGACAGCCGAAAGAAUAAUAAAGGAAAAAUUAAAGAUUGACGUCAACCAUGAAGACGCGGAACAAACGGUCGUAGAAGCGCGUGUCAACAUAGAUAAUAUAGAAACGCGUGUCAACAUAGAUAAUAACGAAAGGGUACCUGUACCGGCAUACAAUGCACAUGUAAGAUUGCCUAGAAUCGAAUUACCCACGUUUGCGGGUGCAUACGCCGAUUGGCACGCGUUCUAUGACAUGUUUAACUCCAUAAUACAUUCAAAUCGGGAUCUGAGCGCCACUCAAAAAUUUCAUUACUUGAGAUCGUCGCUAAAGGGUGAAGCAUCCGAAGUCGUGUCGUCACUAGAAAUUUCUGGGAACAAUUACGCGGACGCAUGGUUGAAGAGCGGAGAUGUCAAACGUUGGAAGGCGGUAGCCAAAACGGUGAAUAAUAGCGUAGCCGGUGCUAAUUCACGCCAGGCUAGUCAUCACAAGGUCAAUAAUUGCAACGUUGCUACAAUCAAUGCUAAAUGUACCUACUGCCAAGGUGAGCAUAACAUUUAUGCAUGCAAGGAUUUUAAGGGCCUAUCAGUUAACGAACGAGUUAAACACACGAAAUCCAAGGGUUUAUGUUUGAAUUGCCUCAGGGGCAAACAUCUAGCUAAGGAUUGUUAUGCCGGGCCUUGUAAAAUAUGCAGCAAGCGGCAUAACUCUCUAUUACAUAACGAUAAUCAAAAGGAAAGGUCGGAAGUAAACUCAAAGGUAACGGAUGAGAAUAAGAAUGAUAAGGAUACUAGCGAUAUCGUAUGUAGUCAUUCGAGUACUGAAAUAGCACAGUCGAGUCAGGUACUACUAGCCACGGCUAUGGUAAAAAUACAGCAUAAAGAUGGGCAUUUUAUAGACGUCAAGGCAUUGUUAGAUAACGGUUCCCAAGCUAAUUUUGUGUCAGCAUCGCUUGCUAAAAAAUUAAAACUUGAUCCUAGGGACGCACCCAUAGAAAUAAAGGGUGUUAAUCAGCAAGUAUCCAAGGCGACUAAGAUAUUAAAUUUAAAAAUGAAUUCCCGGUUUGAAUCUUUCGCUACAGAUUUGCAAUGCGUGAUUUUACAAGCGAUUACGCAAAGAAUUCCUAAUGUGAGGAUAGAUAGACAGCGGUUAGAUAUACCUGAAAAUAUUCGCUUGGCGGAUCCGCAAUUUUAUGUGCCAUCAGAAGUAGAAUUGUUGAUAGGAACUGAGAAAUUCUGGGAUCUGUUGUGCGUAGGGCAGAUCAGGCUGGAAGUUCUGGCAGAAGAAAAGGGGACGUUAACUGGAAGCUCGCCUUGCGAAGAACAUUUCCAGAAAACGCACUGUAGAAAUGAGCAGGGUAGAUUUGUUGUUAAGUUACCAAUAAAGGAAGAUGUAGCAUGUAACUUGGGCAAUUCCAAAGAUAUAGCGAUGAAAAGAUUUUUGUCCCUGGAAAGGAAAUUAAAUAAGAAUCCUAGUUUAAAGACAGAGUAUGUUAAAUUCUUAAGAGAGUACGAGGAGUUAGGGUAUAUAAGAGCUGUUGAUAUUUCGCAGAAUCCUGCAAAAAGAGUAUUUUUGCCACAUCAGGCAGUAGUAAAGGAGACCAGUGCGUCUACGAAGGUCAGGGUGGUAUUUGAUGCGUCUAGCAAUGAUAACAAGGGACUAUCGUUGAACGAUACGUUACACAAGGGUCCUAUCAUACAAAGUGAUUCGUUUUCAAUAGUGUUAAGAUUUCGAUGUUUUAGAUAUGUUUUGAGCGCUGACAUAAUUAAAAUGUAUAGGCAGAUAUUAGUACACAAGGAUCAUACGCCUUUGCAAACCAUAUUGUGGAGAGAAAGUAAUGACGGACCGAUAAAGACAUAUGAAUUAGUAACUUUGACGUACGGUACAAGGCCAGCCUCAUUUAUAGCCAUCAAAUGUCUUCAGCAAUUAGCGGAGGAGGAAGGAAGGGAUUGUCCAUUGGCGGCUAGAGCGAUACGUGAAGAUUUUUACGUGGACGAUCUCUUGACAGGUGCUGAGACAGUAGAGGGACUUUUGCAAUUAAAAAAGCAGGUUAGCGAUCAAGGUAACGAGGAGUUCGUGGAGUUCGAAAAAGAGCAGGAAUCAAAGUUAUUAGGCAUAAGGUGGAAUCCUAGGGAAGACACACUACAUUUCGUAGCGCCUGUACAAAAUAAAGAUAGCCGCGUGACUAAGCGGGCAAUACUGUCCGAGAUAUCUAGGCUAUUUGACCCGUUGGGAUUAGUCGGCCCGGUAAUGACUUUAGCUAAGGUUUUAAUGCAGGAGUUGUGGACUUGUAGAAUAGGAUGGGAUGAUGCGGUGCCGAUGAGGGUGCACAAUUCGUGGUUGUUAAUCAGAUCACAAUUGUCUGCAUUGGAGUCGAUAAAAAUAAACAGAUUAGUGACCAAAGGUAGCGACGCAGGCAAAAUUAGUUUACACGGAUUUUGUGAUGCGAGCGAGCAAGCUUACGGGGCGUGCAUUUAUAUAGUGUAUAGAGGAACAAAUAAUGAGAAUAGCACAGCCUUAAUAUGCUCAAAAUUUAGAGUUGCGCCGUUAAAGACUUUAUCGUUACCAAGGCUGGAGUUGUCCGGCGCCUUAUUGUUAACUAGGUUGAUGGGCAAAGUGAUAACUAGCUUGGGCGUGAAAGUGCAUAAUAAGUACUACUGGACUGAUUCGCAAAUUGUAUUGGCGUGGAUAGGAUCACCGGCCAGAAGAUGGCAAACGUUCGUAGCUAAUAGGAUAGGAGAAAUACAGAGCAGUUCUGCGCCUUACGAAUGGCGACAUGUAAAAUCGAAAGAAAACCCCGCGGACUUGAUAUCGAGAGGGUCAACUCCGGGAGUAUUAAAGAAUUCUAGCUUAUGGUGGGAGGGUCCUACUUGGCUGAAGAAGGAAAACGACUUUCCUAUAUAUAAUAACAAGGAUAUGGUGAUAAAUUCUCUACCUGAAAAACGCAAUGAAACUGUGACUGUGUUAGCCCGGGAAAAAUAUUGCGCACCAUGGUUUAUAUAUUAA